AAUAGUUGCAGAGCUAUGGAACGCUCUACUCCCGCGGCUCCGCCUCCAGCCCGGAAUAUUAGGUAGCAGGCGCUUUCUCGAAUUGCUCCGCUUGCAGUUAUGCUGGACGCUGGGAACUUUCCUGAAUUGGUUGCACUUGGGAAUCAAAUUCCUGUGUUGAACGGGUUGGACUAGAUGACCCUCCAGAACCCUGCCUAGCAUAGCUGUCAACUUUUCCCUUUUCUUGCGAGGAAUCAUAUUCGGAAUAAGGGAAUUUCCCUUAAAAAAAGGGAAACGUUGACAGCUAUUCUUCCUAGUCUACCCUUCUGCAAUGCUAUGAUUUACUGCGAGUGAGCUGCUGCAGGCAGCGCGCGGAAGGAAUCGGCGCCGGGUUGCAUGCGGAAAAUCCUUGCUGGGCUCCUGCCAUUUGCAAUGCAAGCCGUUUAAAGGUGUGAAGUUAACGCUCUUGCCCUCAGUAAGCAGUGAACGAAAAUCUCGAGACAACCCGGAAGCUGGGCGAUGUCGUGUUAUGCAUAACCUUUUUAAUAAAUCCAUGGGGUGGGUGUGGAAAGGGCUAUGCCACUAGAAAAUCUAAUUUGAGAUUUUGACAAUGCAGAAAAGAAAAGCAUCGAAUGGCAGCUUUUAAUGCGCUUGUUCCAAAGAACCCGACAUCCCUCUAACGCGCGGCAGAAUAGGGAAGGGGUGCCCAUAUUGCAACACACUUGAACAAAUCACAUGUUAAGAUCCAAGCGUCCGGUGGGUCGUCUGAACACAACCGUCCGGACCUUAAAGUCCCUUGCUAGACUGUACCACUUCACAAUUAUCAUCCCUUGUCCAAAUCCCUAGGAGGUCGAGCUAGAAGAAAAACACAUGAUAAGAUCAAUAUAGGAGAAUCUGAAAAGCAACAGCCAGAUCGACGGUAAAUUAACAGGCAAAAAAUACGUGUAACUUAAAAGAGAAGUUGGAGUUAAAGCAGGUUUACUCGGAAGUAAAGCCACGGUGCUCGGUGAGCCUUAACCCCCUGGCGAGUGUGUUUAGGACAAAGGUCUGUAUUUAGCUAAUUGAGGUCCAAUAAUCAAUUAGAUCAAUGGUUAGACUUAACGUACUUCCCACAAAGCAAGCAGACUUUUAAAACCCCGCAGGAGGCCUAAUAAAAUCUCUUUUUUGCAAAUGUGGUAGUAACGUUCAAAGUGGCUAACCAGCGAAAUCGGGUUUCUUCCAGAGUUUUAUCUGAUUGCCUUUUGCAGAGACUUUCCUGGGAAUGCGCACCGGGAAAGUUCUGGUUUCUAGUCCCAUGGGGGAAGUGGUGAACAGUGAUGGACAGCAGCAGCUGGGCAGGGGGCGGCUCGGGGUUUGGCUCCGCCUGGCCGGAGGGGCACUCAAAAUAAGGCUGCCCGGCUGGACGCUGCGGGGAUUGAGACGCAAUCAGGAAGAGAGCCAUGGCAAGGUGGGUGUCCCUCUACAACUGCUAACGAUCAUUUGAUUCCUGGGAUUCCCUGGAAAUAGAACAAGAAUAUCCCUUCCUGGCCAGAGGUCCUCACCGCCCCCGCCCCCCCUUAGAAAGAAGCCAUGCUCUGGGUUAGGCUCAGAGCUCAACAACUCAUCGGUUUAAUGUUGUCACUGCAUAUGAACAGCCACAAAUAGCUCUCCUAAAAUUGGGAUUAGGGGCAGUCUCUCCCUGCCCCACCCCACCCGUUUGAAGGAUGGUGGCUUCCAGAUUGGUCUAGAAAUCCAGCAACAUGCACAGUCCUUAAAGGUAAAGGGGCCCCUGACCGUUAGGUCCAGUCGCGGCUGAUUCUGGGGUUGCGGUGCUCAUCUCACUUUACUGGCUGAGGGAGCCGGCGUACAACUUCUGGGUCAUGUGGCCAGCAUGACUAAGCCGCUUCUGGCGAACCAGAGCAGUGCACGGAAACGCCGUUUACCUUCCCGCCGGAGCGGUACCUAUUUAUCUACUUGCACUUUGACUUGCUUUCAAACUGCUAGGUGGGCAGGAGCUGGGACCGAACAACGGGAGCUCACUCCGUUGCAGGGAUUCAGGGAUUUGAACUGCCGACCUUCUGACCGGCAAGUCCUAGGCUCUGUGGUUUAACCCACAGCGCCACCUGCAUCCCAUCAAGCACAGUCCUUACUUCCCCUUAAAUCUGGGGAAUCCCUGCUCAACACAGGAAAUCUCUCAGAAAUAGCUAAUGGUAAAGGACCCCUGGAUGUUUAAGUCCAGUCAAAGACGACUAUGGGGUCUCAGAAAUACAGCUGAUCUUAGAAAGGUCACCCAAUGAAAGAGAUGUACGGUGCCCCCAUUGGAGUGCAGUCUUUAGGCAAAGCGAGGGUGCCUGUGCUUAGGGCCAGCCCUAUCCUUAGGCAAAGGAGGUGACCAUCCCAAGCAGCAGGUACUGGGGGGCAGUGAUAACUCCGCCGCUGCUCCCAGGCUGUUGCUUAUAAGGCUCGGAGCCAUUCUUUUACUCUCUCCUGGGAGGUCAGAGGGAGCUAUGCAACUACAUUCCUAUGCUGGACCCUCUAAACUAGCCUGCUGGCCUCAAGUUGCAGCAGACGAUGCUAUCUCAUCCCGUGUGAAGAGAGUCAACUGGCAGACCUGCCAGAUUCUGCACAUGGGUCAGGGAAGGGUCAUAGUUCAGCAGUGCAGCACCAGGUUCAUCACCUUCAGGGACUGUCUGAAACCCUUGAGAGCGGAUGCCAGUCCGUUUAGAUGAUGCUGCACUAAAUGGACCAAUGGCCGGACUCAGCAGAAGGCAGCUUUCUCCUCUGUCCCUUCCCACAGGCAGCAAAAUGUCUUGGGCUAGCGCUGCACAAACACCCACGCAGGGCCACUUUUGGUCCCCCCCCCCAAAUGCUUUUUAUUGAGAUUUAAGAAUACCAACACCAACCAACAAAAACAUCAAAUCUUAUUACAUAUUACAUAUAUCCUACUUUAUGCUGCAUGGAGCCACUGACUUCCGUCCUUCCCUUCCGCAAGUUUUCUUAUUCCAAUCUAUAAUUCACAGUUUCAUUGGUUAAAAAGUACACCAUGACAUAAGAUUUAGUUCAAUCCUGCCAGUGUUUUCAUAUUUCUACAGUUCUCACUUAUAUAAACGAUAAAUUUACUCCAUUCUUUUUGGUACUUCGUCUCCUCCUGAUUGCGAAUUCUGUGUGUCAAUUUUGCCAUUUCAGCGUAUUCAACCAGCUUUAUUUGCCAUUCCCUUACAGUCAGAAUCUCCUGUAACUUCCACUUUUGGGCUAUCAAAACUCUAGCUGCUGUUGUUGCAUACAAGUAUAAUCUUUGGUCUGUCUUCUUAAUAUCUUCUCCUACCAAACCUAGCAAAAAUUCUUCCGGCUUUUUUGGAAAAGUAUAUUUAAACAUCUUUUUUAACUCAUUAUAGAUCGAUUCCCAAAACUCUUUUAUUUUGUUGCAUGACCACCACAUGUGGUAAAAAUCGCCAUCCUUUUCCUUGCAUUUCCAGCAAGUUUUGCUACUUGUCCUAUACAUUUUUGCCAGUUUGGUGGGAGUGAGAUACCAACGAUAGACCAUUUUCAAAACAUUCUCUUUUAAAGCAGAGCAUGCAGUGAAUAGCAGGGCCACUUUUGAUUGGAAAGCCAGAUGGAAAAGGAAACAAGGCCCUGGGGACGUCUAAUCAAUUGUGCACAAGAGGAAAAUUCGCCCAGCGUAGGUUUGUGUUGCUUCUACCCAACUAUUAAAAGUUUGGGAGCCUGAGAAUGUUCUUUCAUAUGUGGUGGACUUGUAAAAGGGUAAAAAAGUAUUGGGAAAUGAUUCAUAAUGAAUUGAAAAAGAUGUUCAAAAGUACUUUCCCAAAAAAACCAGUGUCCUUUCUGUUAGGGGUAAUCCAGACUGAAAUUCCCAGGUGUCAAAAAAGGUUAUUUAUGUAUGCUAACACUGCGGUCCGUGUUUUGUUAGCCCCCAAAUGGAAAAUGAGCGAGGUCCCAACCAAAGAAGAAUGUCAACUUAAGCUGACGGAAUACGUACAACUCGCAGACUUAACAUCUACAAUAAGAGAACGAGAAGAACAUCCGUUUAAAGAAGAUUGGAAAACAUUUAUUGAAUAUAUGGGAAAUAAUUGUGUACAGCUGAAAACGCUGGCGGCAUUAAGAUAAAUUCAGCAGUGUAAAUAAGUUUUGAUGGAUGCAAUAACGGAAUACUGAAUGGUAUAGUUUCUGUAAAAUAUUCAGGGAUUUAUGAUAUGUAAAAUGAACCAUGGAAAAGAGAAGAAGGGAAGUCAUUGAUAUCUUGAGGAUUUAAAAUGAGUAUUUUAAAUUGUAAAACAGAAAACUUUAUAAAAAUUAUAUAGCAAAAAAAGAAGUUUGGGAGCCUGUCUUCUUUUGCAUCUGGCUACUCAAAAUGUUGCUCUGUCUCCAAAACCACGUAUGUGAGAUCGCACUGCUUUAAAGUGGGUUCACUAAUAAUCACAGAGUUAUGGUUUGCCAUGCCAAGGUCCUAAGUGCAGACAAGCAAGCCCUCCACACACAAACCUGCACUGAAAGAGGGAAGAUGGAUGCAUGCCGUUCUAAUUAUGGGUAAGAAGCCACAACCAUUUAAAGUGUCAACCCUGUUUAAAAUUUGUAGCACUGCUAAUGGGUCCUCACUGUAGGCUGAGAUCACUCCUGCCCCCUUCAUUCCACUGGCAAUGGUACUUGCAUCUUCGCCAUCCUAAUAUCUUCUGCAUGUUUCCUAAGGCAACCAGCCAAAACUCUGUGGUAUGACCGCCCACGAUGGAUAUUCCUGGAGUUCUGUGUGGAGGACAGCACAGACGUGAAAGUAGAUCUUGACGAUUACAAAGUUGUGUUCAGGUAAGGGCUUGUCCUGCUGUUUUGUUACUUUGCCGCUGGUUGUUGUUAUUUUAAUUUUAUAUAACUCACCCUGGACCAUUUGGUGAAGAGUGGGGGUAUAUGUAUAAAUAUAUAAAGUGGGUUUUCUCGGUCGUGGCGUCUGCCCUGUGGAACGUCCUCCCAUCAGGUGUCAAACAGAUAAACAACUUGUUAUGUACGGAAGUUCCCACCCUGGGCCAGCAGGGGGAUACUGUAGAUAGUUCAGGUCCACAUAUGCAAAUAAGGGAUCGAAAGUGACAUUCAGUGAUUGGAUAGUUACAGAAAGUUGUUACAGUUACGUUGUUCUGGAGCUCUAUAUAAGCAGGAUGGCUGAACCCUUCAGUUCAGUUCAGUUCUGGCCUGUGAAUAAACAAGAUCUGUUUGAAGAAUCGCUGUGUCGUCUGAUAUGUUCACCCACAACUUAACACAACUAUUUGACUUUUAGAAGACAUCAGGGAAGUUUAGGGGUUCAUGUUUAAUUGUGUUUUUGUUGGGAACUUCCCAUAGUUGCUGGGGCAACCCAUCAGAUGGGUGGCAUACAAAUAAUAAAAUUAUUAUUAUUCUCAUUAUUCUCAUUAUUAUAGUGUAGCACUGAAGGGUCAAUUAAGCAAUCCAUGUUUGCCUUGAUAUGUAAGAAUCUUUUUGCUAGCCUCUGUUUCUCCACAUGUAAAAUAACCUGCUAAGCCCUGGAAAAUGCAUAGAACUAAAGUCGUACCUUGGAUCACAAAUGCCUUGCCAGUCAAACAUUCUGGCUGCCAAACACCGCAAACGCGGAAGUGAGUGUUCCGAUUUGCGAACGUUCUUUGGAACCCAAACGUCUGACGUGGCUUCCGCAGCUUCCUGCAGCCAAUCGGAAGCUGUGCCUUGGUUUCGGAAUGUUUUGGAAGUUGAACGGACUGAAACGGAUUCUGUUUGACUUUCGAGGUACCACUGUACAGUGUACGUUGCUUGUUGAUCGUAAAUGACUCCCCUGUGUUGCUUGCUAACUUUCACAGUUGUCUACUUCUAUAUUGGAAUUUGGUUAGGAUUUGUUUACUGAUCUGGGGUGGUUCCACGGGUUUUUUAAAAAGAAAAUAAUAUGUUGGUACUCUGGAAGUUGUUACAUUAAGUGCCACACUUUUAACAUCAGGGUGUAUGUGCCGGUACUGUGUACCACUGAGUAUACCCAGAAAAAAGCACUAGGUGGAUCUGCAAUCCUGAACUACCAGAUACAGUGGUACUUUGGGUUACAUACGCUUCAGGUUACAUACGCUUCAGGUUACAGACUCUGCUAACCCAGAAAUAGUACCUCGGGUUAAGAACUUUGCUUCAGGAUGAGAACAGAAAUUGUGCUCCAGCGGCGCGGCAGCAGCGGGAGGCCCCAUUAGCUAAAGUGGUGCUUCAGGUUAAGAACAGUUUCAGGUUAAGAACGGACCUCCGGAACGAAUUAAGUACUUAACCCGAGGUACCACUGUACUAUGAAAAUUUACUUUCAGGAAACGUACAAAGGAUGUGACUGCACAUCUUGCAUUAUGAUUCGUUCAGCUCAGUCCAGCAUGGAGUUAGGCACGCCAAAACCUGUUGUAAUCAAGGAGCUUCUGUGAACCUAACUCUGCCUAGAACCUCAGCUGAUCCAUGGGGAAAGUCCAUCAUUAAGGUGUAGAUUCCUUUACACCUAAGAAAGGAAUCAAGGAACCUGUGACCUUCCAGAUGCUGUUGGAUUUCAAUCCCAUCCAUCCCAACCUACAAAGCCAUUGUUCAGAGAUGAUGGGAGUUUUGGUACUGCAACAUCUGGAAAGCCGCAAGGUUCCCAUCCCUGCCCUAAACAAUAUGAAGAUCCAACAGACAGGCCAAUUAUUUUGAAAUCUCUUGGUCAGCUGCUGCGGCGAGGAGAGCAUUUUAGGUAAAAAGUGUUUCAUAAUUUCAAAAGUCUAGCUGUGAGCAAAUUUUGUGCAAUCAAUUGCCGCGAAGACCUGGCCUUUGACUUCUUUUUGGGGCAACUGCAGUGCUGAUUAAUCAUGGUUGCCGCUUCAUCGCUGAUAAAACCACACAGGACGUUAUUCAGAAGUUGUUUUUGGUAGCUCCUCAGGAACCCCACCGUAAUCUUUUUGUCUUUCCACAGUUGUAAGAACGCAGAUGGUGUGGAGUUGUACAACGAGAUUACCUUUUAUGCCCGGGUUAAUUCUAAGGUGAGCAGCAAAACAAGGGUGUGCCAUUUUGGAAGGAGUGCGCUGCAACUGCCAGGGGCAAAACUGCCCUCAGCCUUUAUUCCUUGCCACGGAACUCUUCACUAGCAGAAUGAACAAUAAUGCAAAGUUUUGUCUCGUCCAACUGGUAGAUACAUAGAGCCCCUGGCUGGCUGCCGUUAGCACUUCUGCCACCAAUUAAAAGUGGCUGCUUCUGGACAGAGACUAAAUGGUGCAUGCUUUUGAAAAAUGACCAAGGGCUGAGUUGUUUGGGGAGCAUUUUCUGCUGCCACUGCUUUAGCUCUAUCAAGGGCAAGGUCCAAAAAGCUGUGCAGGACCUUCUCCUCACUUCAGCUUCCAAAUUUUAGAGGGUGCCAGCAAGUGGAGGCAACAGAAAGGUUGGCACAUGGCUUGUUCCUUACAUUUGUCAGAACACACGUACCUAUCAACUUCAUUCAUUCUGUGCCUACCUAUUUGUAGCAUGUUUGCGGUGACAACAAAUUGGGAUGCUUCCACACUGGGCAGUUAUUGUGGAAUAGCCACACUUUGUAUCCCCAAGGGUUAUUAAUUUUUUUAAAAAGAUUAUUUAACUUUAUUGAAUUGCAGUAACAAAAACCAAACAAAUAUCACAAGAAAAAAAGAAAAAUAACAAAUUACACAAAAGAAAAAAAUUAAAAGAACACACCCCAAAAUACAUAAAAACAUAGAAUUCCCUCCACCCAUGUUUGACCUCCUUCCCUUAAACUUCUUUUAUUCGUUGUGUUAUUAAUAUUACAUUGUUUUUGUUCCACUUCCAUCCGUUUCCUCAAUAUUUCUACCCUGUGAACUUUAUUCAUUGCAUAUCGAUAUAUUUGUCCCGGAACAAUGUUUUUUUCAUGUACUCCUUCACACAAUCCCAUUCUUCAGUUAAUUUUUGACCUGUUUGUCCAAUUAUUAACAAUUCUUUAUUGGUGUCCAUGAUUAAGUCAGUGGUGGCAGGGUGGCUGCUGGGAAAAUCUGCAUGUUGCAAAUGACCACAACCAAAGAGAACUGAACAUGCUAUUGAGUAGCCCCACCCUAGAUUCUGACUGUUAGUUAUUCUGGCUUGGAGGGAUCGGGCUCAUAUGAAGAUAAUUGAUUAAGGCAAUCAGUUCUAAUUACCUGCUUAUUUCGGUUGCUGGUUGACCUGGAAUUGCAUGGGAAAAAAUGGAAUAAGUGUUUCCAAAACCUAUAAUCCAUUCAUUGCUGCAGACCAGUGCACCUGGGCUCAGCCCUCAUUGCUUCAUAAAACGUACAGAACUUUCUCCCAACCUUGGUUUUGGUUCAGAUUAGCCUCUUUGGCUGCCUGAUAUUUCUCUCCCAACAUGAUCACUUUCAGGAUUCCCAGAACAAGCGGUCGGGCAGGUCCAUCACCCUCUUUGCACGCAAGUGGAAGGAAAAAGUCGCUUGGCCACGUCUCACCAAGGAGGACUUUAAGGUAGGGCCCGUGGCUUGUUCUCUUUUCCAUACAAAGCUGAGGUCAUAGAUCAUAACAUUGUAGAGUUGGAAGGGGCCACAAGGAUCAUGUAGUCCAACCCCUUGCAAAGCACUCACUUGGGGCGUCUUUUUUUGAGUGAAAUCUUUGGUGCAGUGCUAUCUAUUCUCUGAGCUCAAGAAGGGGACUCAGUAAGGCUGAGUUGCAUUUGCCACAUGCUAAAAAAAGGGUUUGUGGAAACACACACACACACACACACACACACACACACAGAGUGAGCUUUUGGUUAAUAGGGAUUCCCAUAACAGCCACCCCCAAUCAGUUGUUAGAUAUUGAGUUGCUGGAAAGUGGUCAGAAAAACCAGAAUUUUCAGCUGUGGCUGCUAUCUGGCCCUAUUGUGCUAUCGAAACAUUGGAAAAAGAAAUAAAGGUAAAGGUAAAGGGACCCCUGACCAUUAGGUCCAGUCGUGACCGACUCUGGGGUUGUGGCACUCAUCUCGCUUUAUUGGCCGAAGGAGCUGGCGUACAGUUUCCAGGUCAUGUGGCCAGCAUGACUAAGCCGCUUCUGGCGAACCAGAGCAGCGCACGGAAACGCCGUUUACCUUCCCGCCGGAGCGGUAUCUAUUUAUCUACUUGCACUUGAUGUGCUUUCGAACUGCUAGGUGGGCAGGAGCAGGGACCGAGCAACGGGAGCUCACCCCGUCGCGGGGAUUCGAACCGCCGACCUUCUGAUCGGCAAGCCCUAGGCUCUGUGGUUUAACCCACAGCACCACCCGCGUCCCUGGAAAAAGAAAUAGCUGGGGACAAAAUACUCUGGCAGGGGCCAAUUCUGUCUUAUUGUUGAAAAGGGAUAAAAUCCAGAAGUCCGAUUGGCUCAGUGACCAGCUGUUCCCCCAAAGCUUCUCCUCCAGCUAGGCGAAGAAGCAGAAGCAGGGAGUCUGGGUUAAUCUGUGAAUCUUAAUUUUACCUGCAGCCAGCAUGGCUCUCAGUGGACUUCGAUAACUGGCGCGACUGGGAAGGAGACGAGGAAGUGGAGGCGGCCAUGGUUGAGCACUAUGCGGAGGUGAGUCUGUCCAGCUAUGGGACCAAGGCAGAGUCUUGAGCUGUCUUCAAAUCAGAUCAGCAGUGGUGCGGCUUAUAGGAUUAUUAUUAUUAUUUAUUGAUUUUAUAUACUGCCCUAUACCCUGAGGAGACAAUAGUGGCUGACUGUGUGUCCUAUGAUUUUAGGGCUCUCCCACUUUUGUCACGUGCCUAGAAAGCACGAGUCUGAGCAGUUUUGUCCUUGCCCCACUGCUUUCCCUAGGAAAACUUGAUCUUUCGUGAUAAAAUUAGAUUCAUAGAACUGUAGCGUUGGAAGGGACCCCAGGGUCAUCUAGUCCAACCCACUGCAAUGCAGGGCAAAUGUCAAUCCGGAGAAAACCUGGUUUGUCCAAUUUAGUGGUAAAGAUUGGGUUUCCCCAGGGGGCAAGCAGCAGGGCAGUGGCAAGUCUGGAUUCCUUGACCAGCAACGACAGCAGGAACAGCAAGACCCUUUCAGCCAGGCAGCCUGUGAUGUGGACUGCAAAGCGCAGUUAAUGUGGCUGGUGUUAUGUACUGAAGUUCUCACCCUGGGCCAGCAGGGGGAUACUGUAGAUAGUUAUGCAAAUAAGGGAUCGAAAGUGACGUUCAGUGAUUGGAUAGUUUUAGAAAAUUGUUACAGUUACGUUGUACUGGAGCUCUAUAUAAGCAGGCUGACUGAACCCUUCAGUUCAGUUCUGUUCUGGCCUGUGAAUAAACAAGAGCUGUUUGAAGAAUCGAUGUGUCGUCUGAUAUGUUCACCCACAACUUAACAGCUGGCAAUUUUAUAGCCAAUGCACCUCCUGCCAUUACAAUGAUGCUACAAUUACGUAGGCUUUUAGAAGACAUCCGAAGGCAGCCCUGUUUAGGGAAGCUUUUAAUGUUUAAAAGACUAUUGUAUUUCAGUAUUUUGUUGGAAGCCGCUCAGAGUGGCUGGGGAAACCCAGCCAGAUGGGCGGGGUAUAAAUAAUAAAUUAUUAUUAUUAUUAUUGGGCGUCACAUAUAGCCGUUCCUUCUCAGGGAGUGAAAUGUUUCGCAAUGCUUAUUUGUCCUCACAUUAAUUGCCCAGAGGCAGGCUGAGGGAGGGGCACAAAGGCUGGAUAAGUUGCAUUAAAAAAAUUCCAUGGCACGAAAUGUUUUCUAUCACCUGGCUUAUCAUGUACAUACAGUUUGACGGUCUGCAGACAUUAUCUGUUACAGAAAGAGGCUUCUUGUUGUUGUACUUUAGUCGUUUAGUCGUGUCCAACUCUUUGUGACCUCAUGGACCAGAGCACGUCAGGCACUCCUGUCUUCCACUGCCUCCCGCAGUUUGGUCAGGCUCAUGUUUGUAGCUUCGAGAACACUGUCCAACCAUCUUGUCCUCUGUCGUCCCUUCUCCUUGUGCCCUCAAUCUUUCCCAACAUCAGGGUCUAUUCCAGGGAGUCUUCUCUUCUCAUGAGGUGGCCAAAGUAUUGGAGCCUCAGCUUCAGGAUCUGUCCUUCCAGUGAGCACUCAGGGCUAAUUUCCUUAAGAAUUGAUGUGUUUGAUCUUCUUGCAGUCCAUGGGACUCUCAAGAGUCUCCUCCAACACCAUAAUUCAAAAGCAUCCAUUCUUUGGCAAUCAGCCUUCUUUGUGGUCCAGCUCUCACUUCCAUACAUCACUACUGGGAAAACCAUGGCUUUAACUAUACGGACCUUUGUUGGCAAGGUGAUGUCUCUGCUUUUUAAGAUGCUGUCUAGGUUUGUCAUCACUUUUCUCCCAAGAAGCAGGGGUCUUUUAAUUUCGUGACUGCUGUCACCAUCUGCAGUGAUCAUGGAGCCCAAGAAAGUAAAAUCUCUCACUGCCUCCAUUUCUUCCCCUUCUAUUUGCCAGGAGGUGAUGGCUUAUCAUGUACAUAAGUUUAACAGUCUGCAGACAUUAUCUGUUACAGAAAGAGGAGCUAUAAAAGGCAUUGAACUAUGCUUGUGGGCUUUCCACAGGCACCUGGUUGGCCAUUGUAAGAUGCCAAAUUAGAUGGACCUUUGGCAAGGCUUUUCUUAUGCCCUUAAGCUCCACUUUCAAACUAGCAGAAACCAUACCAACCAACUCUUGGUUUCCAAGAUUUAAUCAGCCAUUGGGGAAGUACUUUCAAGCUUUCAUUUUGCCUCUUCAUUAAAACAUGAUGAUGAUGAUGAUACAACAACAUGCCAACAGAGGGGUGAAAAGCCCAGAGCACAAAGCCAAGCCAUUCCCCAUUGCUCAUGAGGCCGGAGGAACAUUGCCCAGCUGUGAGGCGUGGAGGCCACUCUCUGCAAGGCCCUUUCCACCUGGCCUAGGGGGCUGGGCCCACACUCACCCAGCCCUACAAAAGGGGCUCCUCCUGAGGCUGGAGUAACGUUGCCCGGCUAUUGUUUUAUUGAUUUAUUGACUGAAUAUGCUGUAAACCGCUUUGAGAUUGUUAUUAAAAAUAUAAAGCGGUAUAGAAAUUUAAAAAUAAAUAAUAAAAUAUGUUUUUAAAAAAAUAAUAUUUAUUACUUUUCCAACAAUUUAAACACUACACACACAAAAAAUAAACAAUACAAUACAAUACAAUACAAAAACAAUACAUAACACUAACACAUUAAACUAACAAAACAAAACAAAAACAGUUUAAAACACAUCAAACAGUUUCAAUAUUUUAUCUUUCAUUCACUUAUUUCAACGACCUCCUCACACCUCCCUUUUUGUAUUCCACUUCUAUUAAUUGUUUCAGCAAUUCCUUUCCAUCUUCCUUUGUUUUCUAUCCUAUAAUUAUCUUAACACAUUCUAACUUUAUUUUUUCCUUUAGUACUCUAUUAAUCUAUUUAUACUUAAUUCCUUAUAACAUUUCUACUAAAGCCAUAUAACUUCAUUCCAACAUUUUCCUAACAUUCAUUAAUUAAAAAUAAAUAAUAAAAUAACACUUUUAUUUGUAUCCCACCCUCCCCGGCCGAGACCGGGCUCAGGGCAGCUGAGGUGCGUCAGAGGUGCGUCACUGUGGAGGAAGGAGAAGAAGAUGCAAAUCUUCUUGUUCUCAGAAAUCGGUGCUGAAGUCCUCAACUUUCCUUUUCUCUCUCCGUCCAGCUCAUGCAGAAGGUCACCAAGAAAGGCCCUCCUCCUGCCAUGGAUGACCUUGAUGUAAGUAUUUUGGGGAGAAUGACAGGCAAGUGAGAGCCAUGUGGUUCGGAUCUCAUCUCCAUAACCCCUUUCAGCUCUGUCAGGUCCACGCCAGACUGGCUCUCUUUGUCAGACUGUGCCACCUCUACAAGCUUGGGAUGGGAUAUGCUUUGGGCUCCAAAGAUACUGACCUUUCCCUGUCUGUCCUGAUCUUUCCUAGGAUGACAUCUGAAAAGCGCAAGACUCAAAGGUAAUCAUCAAGGCAUCCCUCUCCAUGUCUGAAGGGGUGGGCAGACAAGCACCUGGCGGGACCUAAAAAGGGGAGAGGGGGGUGUUGCCUAAGGGGCUGGGCAUGGAAGCAAACAAGCAAACUAGCCUUGGCAACUCUGAAAUAGCUAUCACAAAAGAAUGUCAUACUGCUGCAGUUUUCUUUCAGCUUCCAGGCCAAUCUUAAACUGUCAGGGCAGCGUCUCAGUGGCAGGCCCCAUCUGCACUAUAAUUUAAAUCAGUAUCAUACAGCUUCCCCCAAAGAAUCCUGGGAAUUGUAGUUUUGUAACUAUAAUUACAAUUACACAGGUGGCGCUGUGGUCUAAACCACUGAGCCUAGGGUGGAAGGUCGGCGGUUUGAAUCCCCACAACACACUCCCAUUGCUUGGUCCCAGCUCCUGUCAACCUAGCAGUUCGAAAGCACGUCAAUGUGCAAGUAGAUAAAUAGGUACCACUCCGGUGGGAAGGUAAACGGCAUUUGCAUGCACUGCUCUGGUUUCGCCAGAGCAUGUCAUGCUGGCCGCAUGACCCCGAAAAACUGUCUGUGGACAAACAUCGGCUCCCUCGGCCAGUAAAGUGAGAUGAGCGCCGCAACCCCAGAGUCGUUCGCGACUGGACUUAACUGUCAGGGGUCCUUUACCUUUUUAUCUUUAAAGGGUGUUGGGAGUCGCUAGGAGACCUUGAUUCUCACAGGGUUGCAAUUCUCAAGAGUGGUUACAACCCUCUUCCCAGGGAACUCUGGGAAUUGUCACUCUGUGAGGUGAACAGGGGUCUCCUAACAGCUCUCGGUGGCCCUAACCAACUACACUUCCCAUGAUUCUUUGGUGGAAGCCGUGACUGUUAAAAGCGGUAUGAUACUGCUUUAAAUGUGUACUAGAUCCAAAAUCUCAAGCUAGAAUCCUACCAAAGAAUCCUUUGCUCUGCCGUGGGAAUCCCCGCGAUGGGGUGAGCUCCCGUUGCUCUGUCCCAGCUUCUGCCAACCUAGCAGUUCGAAAGCACGCCAGUGCAAGUAGAUAAAUAGGUACCGCUGUGGUGGGAAGGUAAACGGCAUUUCCGUGCGCUCUGGUUUCCAUCGCGGUGUUCCGUUGCGCCAGAAGCGGUUUAGUCAUGCUGGUCACAUGACCCGGAAAGCUGUGGACAAACGCCGGCUCCCUCAGCCUGAAAGUGAGAUGAGCGCCACAACCCCAUAGUCGCCUUUGACUGGACUUAACUGUCCAGGGGUCCUUUCCCUUUCCCUUACCUUUACCAUUUUACAGUCAAAAGAAUCUCUACCCAGCUCUGACAGUGUCUGAUCCCAAGCUUUAUGGAGCCCUUGACCUAAAAACCUUUGGUGGGCCCUCCACCCUGAGUGGACCUUCUUCUACCUGUCACUGUCCUCACUCCACAGCCCAGAAGGAGAGAACAAGACAAGUAUAGCCUCCUGCUCCUUUCUCAAGCUAUGCCUUGGGGGAGGGCAAGGGAGCACGCAGACAGGUCAGGGAGGAAGAGGGACAGAGCUGCAGGCUGGCAGUGGGCCUGGGCAGGUGCCCAAGAAUGUGCCAGCCCUUGACACACCGGCCUUGAGCCCUGAACAUUUGGAAGUGGAGGUGGGUCUGAAGAGCCUGCUGUUUGCUGUGAUGCACAAUUCCUCAUCCCUUCUUUGCCUUCAUCCCAUUUGUGAGACGUUGUGAAUUCUGUGAUUAUUCUCCCCACCACCACCAGGUACAAAAGCAGUGCUGGGAUUGAACAAGAGGUAGGCGAGAGACAAUGUUGUGGAGCAACUCUGCACUGAUGGACUCUCAUUCCCCCGGAUUUUCAUUCUUUUCACUUUUGCUCCAAGAGAUUGCAUGACAGCUGCGAACCGUAGACUGGGACUCUCUCCUCCAAGUCUCUCAUUAAUAGAUGGGCAAUACCACACCUCCUUGUUUCUGCUUUUCUCUCCAGCCUCUCUGAUCUACAGCUCCCUCCAUCCCUUUCUCAUGUCCUCAGCUUCUCUCUGUAGAGUUUUUUGUUCCUUAAGGAUGUUGUAUAUAAAGGUUUGAAGCUAUUCAAAUCUCUGCCAAUAAACACUGGUAACAGUUCUGA